AUGACACGAACAAAGACGGCACCGAUAUAUGACGACAACACUGGCAGACGAGAGAAAGAAAACACCCAAGAAAAUAAUGUACCCCUCCCCAUUAUGAGCAGUGAGGAAUCGUCGUUCACGUCCUUUUCCCUAACACCACCUGUUAACAGUAACUCUUCUACAGCAAAGACGUCGUCCACUACGGCCCAUCACUUGAGAUCCUCUUCUCAAACGAGCUUAACUACUAUUGUAAAAGCUCAAAUUUCCUUUCUAUUAUCUACCCUUUCGGCUGAUAAUUACGCUCGCAACGUAGCUGAGAUUAAUUCUCUUUUAGACCAACACGGUCAGGAUACACAUUUCCAUUUAUUGCGACGACUUUUAAUUGCCAAUCAAAGCAAAAUUUGCAGCAUUCGUACUCGCAAUUCGGAUCUUUCCCUGAGCUAUCGUCUUUUAAUCGAGAAAGUCAAAGAGGCCGCGAGCGAUCCAGCAUUAUCUGCAGUUUUUUGCGACGCACUAAAUUCUAUAGAUCACAGUGACUCAUUUAAGGAUCUUGACCUUAAUAGUUUCUUAGAGCACGUUGGAAUUAAUCCGGUAGGAAAAGUCGGACUUUGUAUCUCUUUGCUGUCGGCUAUUAGAAAGGAAAUUGCUGAACAAGACCAAUCGGUCCAAGAAAACCUAUCAAACGAAUUAAGACAACAUUUACUUACUUAUUGCGAGGCGGAGUCUCGAAGUCUCACAUCACAGCAAAGUGAAAUCGAUUCCAGUCCCAUAAAAUCGCAAUAUAAUUCUCAGCUCACUGUGCCCACUGGUCUUAUCCCUCUCCUAAGUUCAAAUCAAAGUGUUACUUCUCCCAACAUGGAACAAAGUGAAUCAUCUCGAUUGUCCUUGGUUAAAGUUAUGUCGGAUUCGGGCUAUAAUUGUUGCUCUUCCGUAGCUGCAUUUCGUAGUGUUUUAAAUAAAUUAGAUGUGGUAUCGGCGGAUUCCGGUGAAAUUAUCAAGGAAGAUGAUGUUGCUCAAGCUCUUGGCAUGAUAGCAAAUAGUCAUACCAGUUCUGAAUAUGGUGUUGCUAAUUGGAAUCAAACACCUGAUCACGAUACUAAACAAUCUUGGAACAUUGAUAUUUUUGUAACAACUUUAGCAGAAUUGCAACCACACUUGGAUUGGGUUAAAGUAAUAGAAAAACUUGAUUAUCCAGAAUUUGUUGUUAACGAUACAAAAGGGUUAGAAGUCAUCUUGACUGCUUUUAAAAAAGCAACAAAGGAUCGAUCACAAUUUCCGCUUCAUGUUUUUUGGGGUCGUUGGAAAAAUAUUAAAGGACAAUUUAGCUUUUUGCAUCGAAUUGUGGAUGCACCAUUAGAAACAUUUAAUCUUAAUGAUUAUCCAGUACAAAAAGUUUUGUCUUUGGAGGAUUUUGCGAAUUCAAAUGCUAACCUUAAAUCAAUGGCUGGUUUAUUAACGUCAAAUCCUUGGAAUUCUGUGGAGCUAAUUGAAACGUUAAUAAAGAUGGCAGAUACAGAAUUGUACGAAGAAAUUAAAUUGUUAUUUGAAAAGUUCACAAAGCAGACACCUGAGGUUGUCUGUUUGGGUCUCGCUCAAGUUCAAAAACCUUGGAAUCCAUUACACCAAGAGAUUAUAAACCGAUUGGUUUCAGUUUUCUUAGCAGGUCAUUCAAGUUCAACACCAGUUUUAACACGUCUGUGGCAAGUCAAUAGUAGUCUCUUUACAGAAGGCUGUCUUGAAAUGCAUAAAAAGGAUGCCAUGACUAUUUCUAGGAUAUUGGAUAUUGCCCAAGACCUAAAGUACCUCAACUUAGAAAAAUGGCUUCAAGACAAUAUUGUAGAAUAUGGUGAUUCAUUUAUUCAUGAUUGUUUGGAAUUUUUGAAUCAAAAAAUCGCCUUGGAAAUAACCCGCGAAACUAAUGGAAACAUCCAGUCAGUCAGACUUUCUAUUGAUGUGAUUGCCAUAUUUUUACGAAUACUUCAGAAUAGUACCAUGUCUGGGAAAAAUGCUGAAUCGUUUAAAGAGGUUCAUAGAGCUGCCUUACAAGUGUAUCCACGUCUCACCACUGGGCCAUCUUCCGAAAGUGGUGUGACUGGUGAGACAUUUUCACCUGACGUUGAAGAAGAGGCAAAUUCAUAUUAUGAACGAGUUUAUCGUCAGGAGAUUAGUAUCGAGGAUAUGAUUAAACUUCUUCAGAAAUUUAAAAAUUCCCAAGAGCACCGAGAGAAUGAAAUUUUUUCUUGCAUGGUGCAUAAUUUAUUUGACGAAUAUCAAUUCUUUCCAAAAUACCCACAGAGGGAGUUAACUAUUACCAGUGUCAUAUUUGGUUCGCUGAUUCAAUAUCAGCUUGUAGGGUAUAUGGCACUUGGUAUAGCUCUUCGUUAUGUUUUAAAUGCUCUUAGAAAUCCUUCUGACUCAAAAAUGUUCAACUUUGGAGUUCAAGCCCUGCUACAAUUCCAAUCUCGCCUUCCGGAAUGGCCACAAUAUUGUUCACAUCUUUUGCAAAUUCCACAAUUACAGCAAUCUCAUCCGGAUAUCAUUCAAUAUGUGAGAUCUGCCCUUGCUGCAAACGCCAAUUCAACCACUGUCACAACUCCCACAUCUGUUAAUACACUUGGAAUUGGUAAUGGCGAACCAGCUUCGUCUCAAUCUACUAACGCUAAUGAACUAUUGUCAGCGAGCAGACCUGUUUCUGAUACUUCAAAUAAGGUUUUUGAUAAACCUGCAUUUACAGCAUUGAAUUUAGAUACAUUGCUAGCAGCAGAUAAAGAUGAUUACGAGAUUCCCAGUGAGGCUAUUCAAGACAAGAUCCUUUUCAUUAUAAAUAAUGUUGCUCAAAGUAAUUUAGAUACUAAGGUGGCUGAAAUGAAAGAACUCCUCAAAGAAUCACAUUACCGUUGGUUCGCUAAUUAUCUUGUUGUAAAAAGGGCCAGCAUCGAACCAAAUUACCAUCAAUUGUAUCUUCAAUUUCUUGAUGCAUUGGAAAUUCCAUUGCUUGUUAAGCACGUAUUACAUGAAACUUUUGCCAAUAUUAAGGUUUUAUUAAACUCUGAAAAGACAGUGCAAUCUCCGAGUGAGCGAUCUUUACUGAAAAAUCUUGGAUCAUGGCUUGGUGGCAUGACUCUUGCUCGAAACAAACCAAUUAAACAUAAGAAUAUUGCAUUUAAGGAACUUUUGAUUGAAGGCUAUGAUAAUAAUAGAUUAAUAGUAGUAAUUCCUUUUGUGUGCAAAGUCCUUGAACAAGCGUGUAAAAGUAAAGUCUUUAAACCCCCGAACCCAUGGCUUAUGGCUAUACUAAAAUUAUUGGUAGAAUUAUAUCAAUACGCUGAUCUUAAACUCACAUUGAAAUUCGAAAUUGAGGUUUUAUGUAAAAGCUUAGAAAUUGAAUUAAAGGACAUUGAACCUACAACUGUUCUAAAAGAUAGACCUCCAAAAGAGUUAGUCCCUACUCAACCAACUAGAAUUGGAAAUGAGUUUGAUAAAUGGACUAGAAACGAUUAUGGUCAUUCUGUGAAACCGCCACAAUCAUCUCAGCCUCCAUCUAUCCCAAAUACUCCGAGUCAUAUUCCUAACACGCCUAUGCCUUUUAAUGAUGAAGGUAUUACAAACCUUGCUCCAUAUAUCACAUUUAAUCCUAACCUGUCCGCGUUUGCGAAUCAACCUAUGAUGAGAAAAAUUGUUCAUUUAGCAAUUGAUCGAGCCAUUCGCGAAAUAAUUACACCAGUAGUAGAACGAUCUGUCACCAUAGCCGGAAUAUCAACUCGCGAACUUAUCAUAAAAGAUUUUGCAUUAGAACCGAACGAAGAAAAAAAGCGUAAUGCUGCUCACUUGAUGGUUCAAAAUUUGGCCGGAAGCCUUGCUCUUGUCACCUGUAAGGAACCAUUGCGAAUAAGUAUGGUGACACAUUUAAGAAAUUUGUUGUUGCAAAAUGGCUACACUGAGAAGGCUGCUAUGGAAAAAGCGGUUCCAGAAAUUGAUGAGUCUCUAGCUUCAUCUUUUAGCAAUCGUAAAAAACAUCGAGAGCCUAAUGGUCUACAACCACAACAAUUGCGUGUAUACGAAGACUUUUCGCGAAUUCCACGUCUUAGUAGUCAGGCAGCUGCAAUAUACGUUGGUAUGCACCGAGGGCAGGACUUCCCGAUGGGGCAUCUUUAUAACACAACGGAGAUGCCAUUUGAUGGUUCUCAAAUUCAUAUUCCUAUCACUGCUCAUCAAAGUUUAGAGAAAUUUGCUCUGGACAAAUUGAUUAGCAAGAAUCCACAAGCUUCAUGGUCAUCUCUACCACCAACUAGUGAAAUUCGUUUAUUAGUUAAAGAAAUUCCUUUAUUAGCUACACAAUCGUUUAAUCGUGACGAGACAGCAUUACAUUUUUCACAAAAAGUAGUCCAACUCUUAUAUAAGAAUGAUUCUAAUUUAUCGCGUGAACGAAAGUUUAUUGUACCCGUUGUUGUGGCUUUAAUAAAAGCUGGUCUUAUAAAUGCAAGCGAUCAAGAUACACAGCUCGCCAAGCUUAUUGAAAAUGGAAGACCCACAGUGAUUGACUUUACCGCCAAAUUGAUUCGAGAGUGUGUUCUGAAAGAACCACAAUUAGCAUCACGUAGUGAUUUUAUGCAUUCAAUUGAUGCUCUAACUAGACUUACCCAACGUGGCAAGGCGCCUGAAAUAGUAAUUCAGCUCCUUGAAGAUCUACGCCCACGCACUGCUCGAGAUGUCUUUAAUAAGGAUGUCGAAAACCCGGGUUUGCGCGAACAAUUAACCUCUUUCUUUGCGGAGUGGGUACGAGUUUAUCAACAUCCAACAUCAAAUGAAAAAAUUUACGCCACUUUUAUAAUGCAGUCACCACGUGUUCUUUCUGAUUAUACAUCUGCUUUAAUUGCCAAUAAUCUUAAAAAUGACAUUGACACUUAUUUGAAAACACGCUCACCUAUUUCUUUUCCCAUGGAUUUACGCAACAAAUUGAUGAUUGAUUCAAACAAUCAACCUGAAUUAACAUCGACUGGUUCUAAAUACAAUGUUUCAGUCAUAAAUUCACUCGUUUUGUAUGUCGGAAUUCAAGCGAUUGGUCAACUUCAUAAUAAAUCAGCUCAAGGAACACCACCAGUGACACAUAGUGCACCCAUGGAUAUAUUUCAACAAUUGUUGAAUGAUCUAGAUUCUGAAGGUGUGUGA